AUGCGACGAGUUGUCGUGACAGGUCUAGGCGCUAUCAGCCCUCUGGGGGUUGGUGCGCACAGGACAUGGCAGCGCCUCCUGGCUGGACACUCUGGCAUUGUUGAUGUUUCUGCAGUCGAGCCUCAGACUAAGUGGAAAGGUCUUCCAAGCUGUGUCGCAGGAGUUGUGCCCAGUGGCAGCACUGGCAAGACAGACGGGAGAUGGAACCCCUCGGACUGGCUCGAAGCUGGAGAGCAGAGGCGCAUGUCUAGAUUCGCCCAGUAUGCUGUCGCAGCUACGAAGAUGGCGCUCGACUACGCUGGCUGGGACCCCUCAAGUCAGGCUGACCUCGAGGCUACCGGAGUAUGCCUCGGAAGUGGGAUAGGCAACCUGGACGAAAUGUACUCUACUAGCGUCGCUUUCGAGAAAGAUGGUUACAAGAAAGUCUCUCCGUUGUUUGUCCCUAAGAUCCUCAUCAAUCUUGCCGCGGGCCAUAUUUCCAUGAAAUAUGGCUUCCAGGGACCUAAUCACUCCGCCACAACGGCCUGUACCACCGGCGCUCAUUCGAUUGGGGACGCCUCACGCUUCAUUGCCUGUGGCGAUGCCGAUGUCAUGAUCGCCGGCGGUGCGGAGUCUUGCGUGCACCCCCUGACCUUCGCAGGUUUCGGAAGGUCGAGGUCCCUAUCAACCGCCUUCAGCCAUGAUCCUAGCUCCAGCUGCCGCCCCUUCGAUAAGGACCGCGACGGUUUUGUCGUCGCCGAGGGCGCUGCUGUCCUCGUUCUGGAAGAGCUUGAGCACGCUAAGGCUAGAGGUGCAAACAUUCUCGCCGAGGUGGCCGGCUACGGCUGUAGUGGUGAUGCUUAUCACAUGACGGCUCCCCAAGAGGACGGCUCAGGGGCUCUGCUGGCCAUGAAACGGGCCCUGAAGAACGCGGGUCUCAGACCGCGCCACGUCGACUAUAUCAACGCUCAUGCGACGAGCACUCCCAUAGGCGACGCGGCAGAGGCUAGUGCAAUCGGUACCUUGAUGCUGGGCGAGGAAGGCCUUGAGAAGGACAGCCAGGUCACCGUGAGCAGCACAAAAGGCGCGGUCGGCCACUUGCUUGGCGCCGCCGGUGCGAUUGAGGCCUUGUUUUGCGUGCUCGCAAUCACAGAUAAUGUGGUUCCUCCGACCCUGAAUUUGCAUAGUCCAAAUGUAGGCAAAGACUUCAACUUUGUACCUAUCCAUUCGCAGGACAGGGAUGUCAAUGUUGCCAUGUCGAACUCUUUCGGGUUCGGUGGUACGAAUGCGUCCUUGGUCUUCUCACGAUACAGCUAG